CUCUCAAGAUCUUGCAUUCCAACUCUGCAAUGGAUGGAGUGAUGGCACUGGCUUCACAAAGAGCAGUGGUGAUCUUCUCCGACAGCUCUUGCAGUAUGUGCCACAGUGUUAAGGAGCUCUUCAUAGGGCAACUGGGCGUCAAUCCUGCCAUUUAUGAGCUCGAUGAGGAUCCAAAAGGGAAGGAGAUGGAGAAGACUCUGGCAAGAAUGGUUCAGAGCAGCUCACCUUUACCUGCUGUGUUUAUAGGUGGUAAAUUGGUCGGCCCAACUGAUCGAAUAAUGUCUCUGCAUCUUAGUGGCAAACUUGUUCCUUUGCUUCGAGAUGCAGGAGCUAUCUGGCUUUAACAUCUUGGUUGUUAAAUGAGACUUAUUAUGAGGCCUGUUAUUAGGUAUGUGCUUGUUUUGUUGCUUGUUUGAAGAGUGUUGGUUUUGAUAAUGGAAAUAGAUCAAGUUUUGGGUUGAUGUUUGGUGAUGAUAUUAAGAUUAUUUAUCAUAAUCUUGUUGUAUGAUGAUUUUUUUUUUCGGGGUAAAAUUCACUAGU